AUGUUGGCUGUUGCUCAAAUUUCUUCUUUCAUCUUUUUCCUUUCGGUCGCCACCUUCCACUCACUAUCUCAAGCAAUUGCUCCAAAAUCCACGGACCCCAUUCUCUACGACAUUCUGCCCUUCAUACGCGUGUACAGAAAUGACACCGUUGAGAGAUUUAUCGGAUUUCGCCCCGGCGGCAUCCUCUCCAAGGAAGUCAAAUUCUCUGACAAAUUAGGCCUCUCGGCCCGAAUCUAUCUCCAGUUCAGAAAACCCCGCGGAUCUGGGGAACUCCCCCUCCUGAUCUACUUCCAUGGCGGCGGCUUCUACACCGAGUCCGCCUUCUCACCGUCCUACCACCGCCACCUCAGCCUACUCGCGGUGAGAGUCGGGGUUGUGGCGCUGUCCGUUAAAAAUAGAUUAGCCCCUGAAAACCCUCUCCCCUGA